GCUCAAUUGUAGAAAUAAGCGGGGGAGGGUGGAGAAGCUGAGUUCAAGAAGGGAGGCUUGGGGAAGACAUUCGGUAAUUGAAACUCUCUCACUUUUUUUUGCUCUCGAUUCCUUUCUUUACAGUUGUUGUAAGCCAUCUUUUAAGCCGUGUGGUGAGUGAAGUAUCAGUACAUAAGAAUAUUCCAUUUUCAAGGCUUAAUACAAAAAUAUUCAAAUUAAAUUGCAUGAAUAUGCAGAUUGUAUUGAGCAAAAUGUGUGAGACAAGAUAGAUCAUUAAUUAUAUUUUUACACUCUUCUUUAAGAUGGAAUAAUAUUGUUUUUUUACAGACUUUCUGACUGUUAAGCGAAGCUCUUAUACCUGGAUUCAGCGAGUAGAGAACCUUUGAUGAGAAAAUUGGCUGUAUUCUCACCCUUGUACCGCAGAGGAGUUUGAAUUUGAUAUCAUGAGCAAGAGAGGGAUUCAGUAAGGGGACUGAUGUAAUCUCAUUGGCAGGUGAUAAAGGCCAUUUUAGCUGAGGCAUUCUGGACAAGCUGUUUGGAAUAUCACUGCUAAAUUUAUAUAACUAAUAAAGACCUGCAGAUUAUUGUGAGCACCUUAUUCCAUGACUCUUGUGUUUUUCUAGAACACAAAAUAAGCUUGAGAGUUGUAAGUCUUCCUCUCGUUCCCUACAAACAGUGUCAUCUCAUAAGCAAAUUUUUUCUUCGAGGUCUGUUGACCUUAACAUUUUUAGGACAGUUGCUAAUGAAGUACUUAUCAGAAGAAAGUGGAGAAUUUAUUUUAUAUUUCAUGCUGUAUCAUUAUUUAAUAUGAUUAUAUAUUGUGACUAUUAUUUUGAUUUUGAUAUGUUACAGUAAUUUAGUUCAGCAAAACCUAUUUCAGCAAUAUCUCUUAGCACAUGUGUAACAUCGAGCACAUGCAACAAUCUAUGCAAGGAUUGGGCCUUAUCACAUUUUUCAGGUGUCUGCUAGAGAAAUCUAAAGCUUCAAGCAUCUCUUGCCAUUUUUGAACAUUUGGAUAAACAUAAACAGAGCCACCUUUUUGUAUUGAUAUGCAGGAAACUUUAUAACAAUUAAUGAAAGAUAUAGCAAGAAGUGCCUUGGCUUUUCUUAAAGUUCUCUGUUUUAUUUUCCUCCAGAUGAGCAUUCAUUUAUCAGAAGACUUCAUUAUUGCCAUGAAGCAUUCAAAGCAAAUAAUGUUUUUAGAAAGUGGAAGUUUCUAGCCUGAAGAAAACCAUGUUUAUCUUUUUUUUUUUGAGAGAGAAUAGAUUUUUCUAUGCCUUUACAAUGGCUUGUCUCUGCAGAAGAUAUUCAUUGUUAGUAUUACUGCAGAUAUUAUAUAUUUAUUCUCCGGGAAAUUAUGCAUGUACAAAUGAAGCAAACAAAGACAAUGAGACUUUUCCUACCAAUAAGAGGCCAUUUCCUUGGACCAGUCUGAAGCUUCCACGUGUGAUUGUUCCACUCCACUAUGACCUCUGUAUUCACCCUGAUCUUUCUACUUUACAUUUUACUGGGCAGGAGACAAUAGAGAUUUUUGUCAGAACAAACACUAGCUUUAUCAUCUUGCACAGCAAAGAUCUUGAAAUCACCAGCUCUGUUCUUCUGUCCAAAGGUGACAUGUGGUCCAGUACACCAGGAAAGAAACUUCAAGUUUUAGAACAUCCUUCACAUGAACAAAUUGCCCUGCAGUCUCCUGAAGAAUUAGGUGUGGGCCAAGUCUACCUGGUUACGAUUGAGUUUCAUGGAAAGUUGGCAGAUGGCUUUGAUGGGUUUUACAAGAGUUCGUACAAAACUCAUGGUGGGGAAACAAGAAUAAUUGCUACUACACAUUUUGAACCUACCUCAGCACGAAUGGCUUUUCCAUGCUUUGAUGAACCAUCUUUCAAAGCCAACUUUUCUAUCAAGAUAAGGAGAGAAAAACAGCACAUUGCAUUGUCCAACAUGCCCAAGACUAAAACAACUGAACUUGGAGGAGGCCUUUUGGAAGAUCAUUUCGAUGUGACUGUGAAAAUGAGCACUUACCUCGUGGCAUAUGUCAUUUGUGACUUUAAGUAUUCAGAGGCCACAACUUCAUCAGGGAUCAAGGUUUCUGUUUAUGCAUCACCGGACAAAUGGGACCAGACCCGUUAUGCCUUAGAUGCAGCAGUAAAACUACUGGAAUUUUAUGAGAAGCAUUUUGAUAUUAGCUUUCCUUUACCAAAACUCGAUCUUAUUGCUGUUCCUGAUUUCCAGUCAGGAGCUAUGGAAAACUGGGGUCUCAUCACAUACAGGGAGACUUCUCUACUCUACAAUCCCAAGACCUCCUCAGCAGCUGACAAACUGUGGGUCACCAAAGUGGCACAUCAGUGGUUUGGUGAAGGUUUUGCCCGGUUCAUGGAGUUGAUUUCUCUUAAUGCGACCUACCCAGAACUGCAGUAUGAGGACUACUUUAUGAAUGUAUAUUUUGGUGCAAUUGCAAGGGAUUCAUUAAAUUCUUCUCGUCCGAUCUCCAACCCAGCAGAAACCCCCAUUCAGAUAAAUGAAAUGUUUGAUACUGUGUCCUAUGAUAAGGGAGCUUGUAUUUUGAAGAUGCUCCAGGAUUUCCUAUCUGAGCAGGUUUUCCAGAAAGGAGUAAUUCAGUAUUUGAAGAAGUACAGCUAUAGGAACGAAGACUUGUGGAACAGCCUGGCAAAUAUUUGUCCUGAAGGUGAUUUAUCUUCCGGAAGUUUUUGCUUUGCUACUUCCAGACCCAUUAGCAGUGCAUUCAGUCAUGAUGGAAGUCUUACAGAGAUCAAAGACAUGAUGAACACUUGGACACAUCAGAAAGGAAUGCCACUAGUUCUUGUAAAAUGUGAAGGAAACACCAUUCAAUUGCAACAGGACCGUUUCCUGAAGGGUGUCUUUGAAGAAGAUCCUGAAUGGGCUAAUCUGCAGUCAACGUAUUUUUGGCAUAUCCCACUUACCUACAUCACUAGCAGCUCCAACACUGUUCACAGACAUGUAUUAAAAACUAAAACAGACUCAUUGAAACUCAAGGAAGGUGUUGUCUGGGUGAAAUUCAAUGUAGAUAUGAAUGGCUAUUAUAUAGUUCACUACGAGGGGAAUGGAUGGGACAACAUCAUUACAUUGCUGGAUCAGAACCACACACUCUUCAGUCCCAAGGACCAAGUGAACUUGAUCCACAAUGCAUUUGAACUGGUCAGUGCGGGAAGGCUCUCAUUAGACAGAGCCCUUGAUCUGACUCGGUAUCUCCAACAUGAAACCAAUAACAUAGUACUUCUGAAAGGCUUGGGCUACCUGGAAUCAAUCUACCAUGUGAUGGAGAGAAGAAAUAUUUCCAGUGUCUCAGAACACCUUAAGAAGUAUAUCCUGUGGUAUUUUAAGCCGGUGAUUGACAGGCAAACCUGGAGUGAUGAGGGCUCUAUUUCUGACAGACUGCUUCGUUCUGAUCUCCUGCAACUCGCCUGUGAUCUGCGCUAUUCUCCCUGUAUCCAGAAGGCACAUGAGCUUUUCAGCAAGUGGAUGGGAUCUGGUGGAAAUUUAGACCUUCCAACAGAUCUUUUAAAGACAGUCUACUCAGUUGGAGCACAAACAGGAGCAGGAUGGAAUUAUCUACUGAAGCAGUAUAGUCUAUCUGUUUCCGAUGCAGAAAAGAACAAAAUCCUCUAUGCUUUGACCACAAGCAGGCAUCAUGAAAAACUGGCAAAGCUAAUUACACUAGGCAUGGAAGGUGAAAUUAUCAAGACUCAGAAUCUGGCAAUUCUUCUUCACGCUAUAGCCAGGAACCCGAAGGGACAGAGGCUUGCCUGGAAUUUUGUCAGAGAAAACUGGAAAAAGCUUCUUGAAAAGUUUGAAUUAGCUUCUUUCUCCAUUCGAACUAUUAUCUCUGGCACUACAUCCCACUUUUCAUCCAGAGACGAACUAGAAGAGGUGGAGAUCUUCUUUAAGUCUCUAAAUAACCAAGGAUCACAGCUAAAAAUCACUCGAGUUGUGCUGGAAACCAUAACAAAGAAUAUUAGAUGGCUGGAGAAGAAUCUCAGCAGUUUAAGAAACUGGCUUCUCAAUAAUCUUUAGGGUUAACAUAAAUAUGAGUUGAUGAGUACAUGUCUAGUUUACUAGCACCCUCCAAGCUAAAGGGGAUUUCAGUUUGGAUUAAAUGUUUCUUUUCCCUCCCACUGGUGAGUUGCAUUUGAAUGCAGUAUGAAUUUGAAUAGAUAUAUUUGGUGCUCAUUCUAUUGUGCUAUAUAGAUAGCAAAGUUGACAAAAUGAAAUGUCUGUGCUACAAAACCAGAAAGAAAUGGGCAAAUUUUCAAUAAUCCAAAUCCUGAAGGAGUGUUUAGAAACCUGAUCUGUUGAGAGGAGUGCCUGUGAAUUGCUUCAGUCAUUUGUCAUAGAUCAAUGCUGUAAAUAGCCGUCUGAUUACAAACCCUGUUUAGCGUGGCUACAUGGAUAAAGUACAUAUAUAUUUUUUCUUGCUCUUUUGUCCUGUUGUCCAUACACAUUAUUAUUUUGAUCUCUUAUGGCUUCUGGCCACAGGAAAAAUGAGUAAUCUACUUGUUAAAAUUCUCCCUCUCUUUUUCUGAGCUUAAAUUAAAAGAUCUAAUUGGGAAGCCUGAGGAAUUUGGAAAAUAAGAUAAAUAUGGCACUUUUCCUAGACUGAGGGGCGAUGGAGUCUGAUAAACAGAAGUUAGGAGAUGUGACAUUUUUCUUGGGUCUGUCAAUGACCUGCUGUAUUACUUUUUGGGUGACUCACAAACGUCACAUUUUCGGUCUGUUUUAUCUAGUCAGCAGAUAUCACCGUAUAACUGUACAGAGUUCAGAGUGGUCCUAAUCUCAAUUGGAUAUCUGUAGCCAUUACUAAAUUUAUUAAUAAUAGAUUAUCUACUUGAAAAAAAGAGUGUAUUGACUCUUCUUAUUUCCCUACAUAGAAGGUCCUCAAUUAAACUCAUUUAUAAAUAGAAGAAUUGAGUUAUCUCCUAGCUGAGAUUCUGUACAGUAGAUCUUUUUCCGUAAAGCAUGACUAGCUAAAAUUAAUCACAUGAUAUUCCCUUCCCUGUUUUUCAAUUAACAAAAUGUGUAAAAGCACCAAAAGGAAACUAUGUAGGUCAAGAAGGACCAGUACUUCAGACAAACAGUGAAAUACUUGAAAAGGGCUUCUCACUAAUACAUUGUUUUAACAGUGAGUUACAAGUGAAACAUCCUGUGUAAGCAGUUGGGGUUUGUCAGGUGAACUGCACUGGUGACAUUUGUUUUCAACAUGACUACAAAUUAAUAUCUGAAAAAGCUUUUUAAUGGGCAGAAAUCAAUUUUAGUGCUGUGAGAGCAUAAUCAGUAUUACCUCUUUUUUUUAGUUACAUUUCUGUCUCUCACAAUGAAGUAUUAAGGCUUUGCAGCCAAAUUUUCAAAAGCGUGAGCUGAUAAUUAUGUGCCUCAGCUUGGGUGCCCUGCUUGAUACAUCUUCUGCCUAGUUUUCAUACUGUGUAAAGGACCCUAAGUUCAUAGUGAAGUCAGUUUCUGAGGCAAAGAAAACCCGUUAUGUUUUCACAAUACCUCAGAUAAUGGGUUCCUGAUUGCAAUUAGUUUUCCUGAGCUAUUGCUUUACAGUCAAUUAAUACUGCUAAUCUGACUCCAGCUGUUCCUAUUAGAAGCUUUUUCCAUUUGCAGAAGAUGGAGCCUGUACAUAUUCUGCUGUUUAAUUGUACUAUCCUAAAUGUGAUGCCACAAAAGAUUGAAAGGUACUUGGACAUGGUUCGGCAGGUGUUUUACAAAUGGAAUCACCAAUCAGGCAAUAAAAAUUUCUUUUGAUGAUUUUG